ACGGCAAUUUUAAGAUAGGACACGUUAUUGAAACUUGAUUGGAAUCUAAUUGAUAGCCUUUUCGGGAUCUAAACGAUGAAAUUGUAAACCAGACUACGAUGCAAAUAUUUUUAGAUUAACUAAAUUUUAAAUAAUGAUUUUUCAGACAUCGCGCGAUGAUCCUGAUCUCCAGCUUGCUUUAGCACUUUCCAAAUCUCUGUAUGAAAAAGAAGAAAUUGAAGAAUGGGAUGAAGUUCAGAUCGUGGCUAUAUCCUCUAAUUCAUCGGCGCCAGAUAAUAACGCAGAAUGUCCGCAGAAAGCAACGUUGCAAAAUUUUGGAUUUAGUAGCAGUAGAAAUGUAUUACCAACAAAUAAUUGGCCCACCAGUAGAACUAAAAAAAGAAAACUCAUUGAACCAACUGUUUUGCAAAGACGUACGGCUGAAGAAAGAGAUCGUAUUUUAACAGAGAGAAUUGCUGAGAUACUUAUGGGAUGUAAAGAUUUCACUCAAAGAUGUCAGGAAAAAAUAGAGGAGUGUAACGACGCGAAAGAGAAAAUUGUUAUAAAGAGUCAAUUACUUCAACAAUUACGUCAAAUUGAGAAUACAUUGUGGGAUAGGACAAGAUUAAUGCAACCUCAAGAUAUAUUUUAUGUAAAACAACUAUCGCCUCAAAUAAUACCAUUAGAAAAGAAAGAGCAGAAAUUAGAUGGAAAGCAGAAUGUUACGAAGCUUAUGGAAUUAAACGUAAGCAACGAAAGAUCUAUGAGUAAUAAACAAAUAAAAAAAAUAAAAGAAAUACAGACUGUAGAAACAACAGACAAUGAUGAAGCAUCAACAGUCUCUUCAAUUACAGUUAAUACGUGUUGUAAAGAAAAGCAAUUUCUUGACGAUCUGGCAACUAGUUGGAGAAAUAUGCUUAAUGAUAGUUCUGCAAGUGACAUUAUUGUGUUCGUCAGAAACAGCAGACAUAUAUGGACGCAUAAAUUGGUUUUCUACACACGCUGCACGAAUAUUUUGCUUGAUGUAAUUUCCAAUGAUACGGAGUUCUCUACUGCGAAAGAAAAGAUUUGUUGGUUUGAUACGGACUAUGAUGUUGCCUUGGCCUUUCUAGAAUUUGUUUAUUGCGGUGUAAUCGAUAAGUAUUCAGAAGUACUUGAUUCUGAGGCAACUUUAUCCGACAUCAGAGCUUUAGGAAGGAGAUACGAACUUAACGAUUUAUUUGCUUAUUUACGUCAAAAGAGAUCUAAAUAUAACGCAGCAGAAGUCAAACAAAAUUGUAAUACCUAUGAAGAAAAUAUAGGAAGUGCAAAUUCAAGUAUAGAAACAGCUUUAAAUGUUUCAAAAUUAGACAAAUCUUCUAACGAAUCACGAAAUUGUACGCAUGAUGUUGUGACAGACAUUCCAUGCUCUCAGAAAACACUAUUACAGGAGGAUGUUAAUGAUGAUUUACAUCCCUUUGAAAAUUACGCAUCUAUGAGAAAUUUGAGCGUUUUGCAAGACGAAAAGACUACUUCAAUGAAGUUAUCAGAGGAAAUUAACUCCAGAAGCAACACACCGACAAAAUGGGAAACUAGUGCAUCGCCUGACAUGUUUGAUGAUACACCAGUAGCAAAACAUAGCGAUAAGUCCCCAGUACAUUCUAAAGACUUGGAAGAUUCUAGCAUUCACAUAUUAUGGAGUUUAAUAAAACAAGACGCAGAUAUUGAUAUUUCUAGUCAAAAAUUAUUAAUUGCGAGAACUCAGAACCCAGAACAUUCAGAGUUGGACAAAGGUAUAUCUAUCUUUUCAAAAAAUGUGAAACAAGAUAUAAUCGAAGUUGAUCCAGAUUCCGAAAAAAAUUCAAAUUCUCCGAAAUUUUCUAUUGACAGUAUGCAUAAAGAUACCUUAAUUGAUACUCCCCCAAGCAGUAAAUCAAAAUAUAGCCAAGAUUGUCUUUCGGAGGUAAUAAAACAGAAAAGUGAUCUUACAUUAUUUAUCGAGAAAAUUCAGAAAGAAAACGCGAAACUGGAUGCGGAGUUAAAUUUGGAAUUUUCCGUUAGGGAAUGUUCUGUGCAAAUAUCUCCCUUAAGACAUAAAAAUCCAUUUUAUAUAGACAAACAUAAGUCCGAGCUUCUACUUUCUGAACUUGACAAUGAACAAUCAGUUGAUAUGAAGGAAAGACCCGGUAGAUUAACUAUAAUAGAGCAGCGUAUGCAAUCGUAUGCUGCCAAAAAUCCAGAAUUUUAUUCCCGUCUUUCUAAUGAACAUGCAGAAAAUGUUAAACAGACCAAUAGUUCGCAUAUGGAUUCUCUAUUACCCAAGAAGAUAACGGCAUCUUCUCAUGAUAAUGCAUUGAAUUCUACACGAAAUUUUACUUCACCAGAUGAGAAGCACGUGAAUAUUUCGGAACGAGUUCACACAACUGUGAGUUCACAACAUACUGAAACAACGAAUCAAUUGCUUAGCGAAACCAUCUUUGAUUUAGAUACGAAUGAGAAGGAGAUUUCUAUGUAUUCUAAAUACAUGAAGGAUCACAAGGACAAUAGCAUAGCAAAGUAUCGUGUAGCGAUCAGUAGAAAUAAGUCGGAUAGUAACUUAUCUAAUAAAAGUAUAUCAUCUGAUUCGAUCGAUGAAGAUAGUAAUAUCAGUGAGGCUGAAAAAGAUGAAAUUUUGACUCAAUCUGUUUUGACACAAAAAAAUGCGGAUGUAAUUGUUUCGUCAGAUACAGAUGUUGAAAGCAUAUCUUCCAAUGUUAGCCACAUUGUUUUAGAGAACGACGACUCCGAUCACGAAAAUAUCACAUCUCAUUCUCCGCAACAAUCUAGAAAGGAAAUAGAAGGUAACAAACAGGAUAUAGGAAAUGGAAGUAGCAGUCAAUCGCUCGAAAUUGAGAAAUUUUCAAAAACAAUGAUGACAAACUCGGAAGAAGAAAAAGAAAUUAAUAGAGCAACCAAAUCAAAUCAAGAUAAGUUAGAUACUACAGAGGUAAUGUCUGUGACACAAAAAUAUACAUUAAAUGAAUUAAAUGACGAUCAGAAAACGGGAUCUAUUCCAAGCCCGAUUACGGUGUUCUCCAGCCCAGAUCAUUUUUCAAAUGGCGAAAGCCGCAGUCCGGUUUUAAAUAUGGACAGCUUGCUUCGAGAUAAACUCUGCAUCGAAAGUGUAUCAGGAUUAGAUGCUUGUAAACUAAGAAAUUCGCUCAACUUUUCUUCUAUCUUUGAGGAUGAUAUACAUCUUGCAAACGUCAAUAUUGAUAAUUAUGAGAAACAACGUAUUUUGGAGAAGAGUCGAUCGUUUAGCACAUUAAGUAAGAGAGAAUCUAAGAAUACCAGUACACGCAGAAGCAAUAAUAAAAAUACUCGUGAAAAUAUCAAAGAUAAAAAUGUAGUAGCAGAUAAUAGAAAUUUAGAUUUUUAUAGCAAUGCUACAUCUUUGACUCAAAAUUUUACAAGUGUUAGGAACUUUGGAAGAAAAUCUUUAUCCGAGGGACAGAUUGACACAAAUAGACUACGUAAUAAUCAAGAGGCUUCAUCUACACGUAUAUCUACGCAAUUCCAAUGUAAUUACAUUCAGAACAUUGAAAAUGCAAAAACGCCUAAAAUAACUGAAAAAGACGUUACACCUCCGCCUGAUUAUAACAUUAUGAGCACUCCUGAAUUACACGGAGAAAUGAAGAAAUAUGGACUAAAGGUGCAAAAACGUAGCAGAGCUGUAAAACUGUUAUCGCAUAUUUAUAACGAACUUCAUCCUUUAGUACCUGAGAAAACGAUAAGACAACAAGUCACUGAAAUUUCGAGCGACGAAGACGAGGAACCUCCGUCGAAGAAACGAAAUGUGGAUGGUAACAUUUUGGAAAAGUCGAACAGUGCAGAAGAUAGCGAUAAUGAAUUGCCUUGUUCUCAAGAUAGCAAUGACAGUGUAAGUUCUGCAAAGGAAACAAUCAACAAAGAAAUGGAAUUUUAUGAAACCGAGUCGUUAUCGGUAUUGAAGAAUUCAUCGGACAUCACAGAAGCUUUUAUGAGACUAAUUAAAAUUGAUAAAGAUUUACAUAACAAAAUAUUACGAUAUGAACCAGUGAAUAUUGAACAGUUACGUUCUACGUUGAAAAUACAUGGAUUUAAAUGCAAAUUUUCUGAUCUUAUGAGCUUUCUAGAUCAACAGUGUAUUACAUUCUAUGCACCAGAACAAAGCAUCAAGAGCAGGACUCGUAGAAAAGCAUAGUUCAUCUAUUCGUAUAAUUUUUUUAUAAUUCAUAAAAUAUUUGUACAUAAAGUAUUUGUAAUUAGCAAACAUUAAUAUAACAUG